AUGGCUGAUCAUAAGGCAUUAUAUGAUAAUUACAUCAUACACAUUCAAAGGAUUUUGGUUAAGCGAAUCCCAUCAUUUAAGUGUCUUGUUGAAUGCGCACCAAAAUACAUUAAGCAUAAACACUCUGAGGAAAUGAAUCAGAAGAGCAAAAAGGUUAUUAAAACUUUAUUAGCAUGGUAAUAAUGCUAAGGUAAUCUGCAGUCUUUCAUGCACAUGAACGACAGAAGAUCACCUUAAUUGAGAUCACCUUGAAACACUCCUCAUUAACAGUAUUUAACAGUAACCCAUCAGAUGGCAAUGCAGCAAGAUGUGCCAAAUUUGUUAUAUUACCCUCUAAUACCAGAUUAUUUUACUUGUUACUGUAUGUGUAAGAGUAAUGUCAUGUAAUGGGUUAAGCCUUUUAGAAUCAGUUCAACUGGUUGUUAUCAAUUUCCUAUUGUGUACUUUAUUGCACAGUUGUGCAAUUGGUCGUUCGAUUGGUGUUAAGGAUAAAUCUUACAGUAUGUGCCUAUGUGGGUUCUUUAUGCUAUUUAUCAAGUUGAAAUGCAUGUUUUCAACUUUGUAUUAGAAGCAUCAACUAAGAAUUGCUUGUCAUACAGUCAUAAAAACAGGGUUUUCCAGCAAUUACAGUCAUAUCAACUGCCUGUAUGUUAAUUUUAAAAUAAUCAUUUUGUUUAAUUAUUGUAUGUCAGAUGCAAAUGGGUAUGAUAUUUGAGUCAGAAGUUUCAAAUGAUGGAAUUGUGAAAGUUUUACAACAUGUCCAGCAGUAUCUUCCAACAGUUGGUAAAGAUGAAAAAGUGAAAAUCGCAGAGCAGGAAAUUGUAGGAGAGAGAGCUGUUAAUGCUGUGAAAUCAAUGGCUAAUGGAUAA